AGUCAAAGGUAAGGAAUGAAUCUUGAAAUACUGUUGAUGCUUCUGAAUGUUUGCUUUCCCCCCCAGAUCCUAGGUCAGGCCUGUCUUCCAGUGAGUCAGCUGUCUGUGAUUCUUCUUCAGCUGGCUAAGAUGGCUCUUGAGCCCGAAAUUCACUUCCCGCUGAGACUGGAGGCCAUCCAAACCUUCAAUAGCAUAUUGGAAUCUAUGAGUCGAGAACAAAGGAGUCUGAUCCAGCAUGAGCAAAAUCAGAUUCAGCUGCUGUUCCAGCUUGCAGCAGCAGUUCUGACAGCUGGAGACUAUCAACUCCAGCUCAGUCUAUCGGAGGCUUUGUGCCGUCUGACUGCUCGCAGAGACCGAGAGCAGAAGUCUGUAGAGUGGUUCUCCAGCCAUGAGGUCAGCAGAGCUUUUUGUGACAUUAGAGGUGCAGACUUUGAGGUGGACUGCCGACGUUUCCUGAACUUCGUCAAUGGUUACCAUGGAGACCAGAGCAGGGUUUACACAUUUGCUUGCCUGCGAGCAUUUCUUGGCUCCACCCAGCUGUUUUGUCCAAAAGAUGAGAAACUGGACAGUUUCUGGAUUGAUUUCAACAUGGGUUCAGAAUGUGUCAGCUUCUUCAUUGAUGAUCCCCAGGGAUUCCUCUGGGAGUCGGUCCACCUUCUCAGGGAGGAGGUGAAUCAUUACACCAUCAAAGUCCAACAGGAAGAGAUAGUCCUCAAAGUCAAGCUAAACAAUCCCAUCAUACUUCACAACAGCAGAAGUCAGACGGUGGAACUGAGCUUCAGCAGCAAGCACCACAAGGACUUGGAGGAGGCUGUUGGGAAGGUCUUCCAGAAAGGACCAAGUUCGCCCAGGACAUCAGAAUGGGGUACUGACCAGGCUCCUCCCACCACAGACAAACACCGAGCUCAUUCGUACAGCCGUAAGAGGCCAUCUAGAAAGAGUAAGCUCAAGAUUUUACCCAUGUCAUCUCCAUGCAGCAGUGAAGACUCCUCUCCUCCUAAGCUCAUGGGCCAAAACAGAGCAGAGAUCCUGUUUGAUCAGAUUAAAAACUCAACCUUUAAUGAUUCGGCUGGUCUCCAGUUUACCUGUGCUCUCACUGAUGAGAGCAGUGUGUUGGAGCAUCACCUGUCUGAUGAUCUUCAGCCUGUGUCACAUAAUUGUGAUAUCUCACCAAAAGACCAAACGGUGGACUUCCAAAGAGACAACACUCCCAAACAUGAUGUGCUCAAGAGAAGGAAAGCUCUAGACUCAGGAUACCUUACAGGGCAGACUAAGGGUGAACCUGCACAUAAGAAGCGCACAGGCCCUCCUCAGGAUGAGGACCACUCUCACUAUGCAGGUCUGAUUUGUCCGCAUGCUGCUGUUGAACACUCAUCUGAAGGUGAAGAGUUGACAGAAUCCACCUUCACUAAUAGAGUGUGGUCUUUAGACAACCAGAUGCAGUCUGUGAAUGAGGAGCCAGCAGAGCCGGAGUCGUCUGGGAUCAAGGCUGCAUUCAAGGACUUCAGAGAUCAGCUGGAGCAGAUCUUCACGAGCGCCAGGCAAAAAGCUGAAGCUGAGGUUCUGCAGUCCCUGGCGGAAUGUCAGCAACAUGUUUCCCCGCUCCUCACAACUGUCCAUCAGCACAGGAUGCUCUUUCUGCAGCAAUGUGAGGGCGCAAUUUCUGAUGAACUGAAGCAUCUGGAAGAAAACACAGCAACACUGAACUCCAUCAACUCUGAGAUUCUGAGUUUUUUCCAGACAGAGAAGCAACGCAUUGAAGGUUUCUGUGAGAGGUUGCAGAAAAGGCUAAAGUCUCUAGAUGGUCGCCGGGCAAGCAGGCUGCAAUCCUCUUGAAGAACUUAAUCACUUCUUGUCUUUAAGUACUUAAAUUUUUGUUUUGAGUUUGGGAUAUUUUUUGUUGAGAAAUAAAAUAUUGAGCAGAAAACAAAUGCAUUCACUG